AUGGAUACUUCUGAGGACCAGCCACGGAUCGGCAUCCAACGUUUGGACUCGGGAUCCCAACUGGAAAACGUGAUCCGCCAGGCGAGGAAUCGCCAGGUGGUUCCUGCUGGCGAUCCGUCGAUCUAUAUCGACGAGUCGGGACGAAAGCUGAGCACCAAAGAACGGAUAGUUACCGAGGUCGAGCCGCCAAUCAGAACAAGGCCCCCAGACUCGUCUGUGUUUCUUGCAAAUGGUUUGCCCGACUACAGGUUUCUUCGGCAGCACUUCCGUCGGGAGGGAAGGCUUCAUGAUCACCAAGUAGUGCGCAUCUUGAGAAUGGCUUCUGAGGCGUUCUCCAUAGAGCCAAACUUGCUCAGGGUGGGUGCGCCCGUGACUGUCUGUGGAGACAUUCAUGGCCAGUUCUAUGAUCUUUGCAAGCUGUUUGAGAUCUGUCAGGAUCCCGACCAGACUGCAUAUUUAUUUCUUGGCGAUUAUGUGGAUCGAGGCUCAUACUCGUUGGAGUGUCUGCUGCUGCUGUACGCCAUGAAGCUGAACCAUCGGACGACGUUCUACAUGAUCCGGGGAAACCACGAGUCGGAGCGCAUGACGGAGUACUUCACGUUCAAAGAGGAGUGCUUGCAGAAGCACGGGGCGAAGGUUUACCAGGAAGCUUUGGAAUCGUUCAAGACAUUGCCUUUGGCAGCCAUUAUGAACGGACAGUUUUUUUGCGUGCACGGAGGAAUCUCCAAACAUCUGCGCAAAGUGCAGGACCUUGAGUCUAUCAACAGGUUCGUGGUGGACUUCCCGUCGUCCGGGCUGUUCUGCGACCUGAUGUGGGCCGACCCGUCCAACGACUACGACGAGGUGCUCAACGAGCCGGAUUUUGUCGAAAACUACGAGCGUGGGUGCUCGUACAUGUUCUCGUACAACGCGGUGAACCGGUUUCUGCAGGAUAACGGGCUCCUGUGUCUGAUCCGGGCACAUCAGGCCCAGGACUCCGGAUACAGGAUGUACCGUAAAACCAAGUCGCAGCAGUUCCCUUCGAUGAUGACGCUCUUUUCUGCUCCCAACUACUGUGGCACGUAUGGAAACAAGGCUGCUGUGCUGCGGUACGACACAAAGCUGAUGAACAUCCGCCAGUUUGGCUCGCAAUUGGAGCCGUACCGGCUCCCCAAUGGCUUGGGGGCGUUCACAUGGUCGAUCCCAUUCGUUGCUGAGCGCACAGCAGACAUACUGCUGCAUCUGCUCAACAUCUGCUCUGAGGAAGAGCUGUCGUCGGAGGAGCCCCAGGCAGCUGAGGAACAGGAAUCCUCGCCCGUGGACUACGCCGCCCUGCGCAAGAAGAUCCUUGCUAUUGGUCGGGUCUCGAGAAUGUUCAACAUGUUACGCGAGGAAGCACAGAAGGUGGAGCAGCUACGGACGCUGUCUGGCGGAGCAGCUCUGCCAAAAGGCGUGUUGCUCAACGGUCCCGAAGAAUUGGACCGCACCCUCACCUCGUUCGAGCAUGUCCGACUGGCAGACCUCCACAACGAAGCAAUGCCCCCGAAAUAA